AUGCAGGCGCUCCGCCCGGCGCUGCUGCUUGGUCGAGGAGCACGGCGCGCAUUCACCACUGUUACUCCCAAGACCCGAACCACCACCGCCGCGACCCAGCAGCACCAGCAGCUCGCAGCUCGCUACGGCCUGCUGUCGAAUAUCCGGCGAGCGUCCCAGCAUGACCACCAUGGCCCGCACAAGGAAUACUUCCAGACGCCCGGCCAAAUGCCUGUCCCGGACUCGACGCCCUACACCCACAAUCAGCCCUACAUGCCCAAGAUACAGGCCGUGCCUCCUCCGACGUCGAGAAGCGGAGGGUUCUCGCUCCUGACGAGCUUCAGUCGAUCCGUCUUCUGGGCCCUCCUCUUUGGCGCGCUGGGUGUCACGGCCGGGACGGCCUUGAUCACUUGGGAGUACCUCCAGCCGCCCUUCGAGCCCGGGUCGCCCGCCGAGCAAGAGCUCUACGACGAAAUCCUCGACGCGAUGGAGCUGCACCCGUUGGUCGAUUCGCUGCGCCAGGCAAAUUGGAUCGAGGAGAAUUACUACGCGGCGCAGGGCGGUGGCCUGGACAACAGAGGGCUACACCUCGUGGCGGAGACACUUCAAGGCACGCAAGGAGUCACUAUGAAGACAUUCAAGCACCCGACGCAGGAGUUCACCAUCAUGGUUUGUUUUCUGGGGUUCGGCGUGGAGGGUUGGCCAGAUACAAUCCAUGGUGGCAUGACCACGACUCUGGUCGAGGAGGGCGUUCAGCGACAGAUUCACAACUUCUACAAGAAGUACGGAGGCCAGGACCAGCAGACGAUUUCCAUUGACUUCAAAAGACCUAUGCGGCCUGGAGAGAUAUAUGCGGUGAUUGUGCCACCUGCGCAGUUGGAAUCAAACCCAGCUCCAGGCACGAUGCAUCUCCAGAUGACGCCGAUGGUUUUGAGGAUCGAGGCUCCCCCCAGGAUCACGCCCGAGUUGCUCACCAUCGAAUUGCAGUCCAUCGAUGAGUUGCAUGCGCUGGCCAACGUCCAGGUGCGACUCGUGCAGUCCGGGGGUGACGGCGGAAUGGCGGAGCUCGAGGACGACGGAGCCUCCAAAAAGAUCGACUGA